AUGGGAUCCAUUGUUAAACCUCAUGCAGUGUGCAUACCCUUUCCAGCACAAGGCCACAUUAAUCCCAUGUUAAAACUAGCCAAGAUCAUCCAUUCCAAAAGCUUCGAUAUCACCUUCGUCAACACCGAAUUCAACCACCAACGCCUCCUAAAGUCACAGGGCUCAGCCACUCUCAGCCGCCACCCUUCCUUCAAAUUUGAGACCAUUCCUGAUGGCCUUCCGCCACCGGAAAACCUAGAUGUCACCCAAGACAUUCCCUCUUUAUGCAAGUCCACCUCUGAAACGUCUCUUGAACCUUUCAAGAAGCUUCUCUUUAAACUCAAUGAUACCACCACAACACCUCCAGUGAGUUGUAUAGUUUCAGAUUGUUCAAUGAGCUUCACAAUUGAUGCAACAGAUGAAUUGGGAAUACCAGAUGUUUUGUUUUGGACGACUAGUGCUUGUGGCUUUUUGGCCUAUGUACACUAUAACACUCUCAGAGAAAGGGGAUUCAUUCCACUAAAAGAUCCUGCUGACUUAACAAAUGGGUACUUGAAUACAGUCGUUGAUUGCAUACCUAGCAUGAAAGGCAUACGAUUGAAAGACAUGCCAACUUUCCUUAGAACUACAGAUCCAGACGAUAUCAUGGUCAAUUAUGUUAUUCGAGAAACCACAAGAGCUAAACGAGCUUCGGCAAUCAUACUCAACACUUUCGAGGACCUAGAGCACGACGUGUUAAAGGAGCUCUCUUCGAUCUAUUCUCGUGUGUACUCAAAUGGGCCUUUACAUACCCUCGAAAACAAUUUGAAGAACAAGGAUUUGGAGUUAUUGGGGUCAAGUCUCUGGAAAGAAGAGGCGGAAUGUCUAGAAUGGCUGGACUCCAAAGAAUAUAAUUCGGUUGUUUACGUGAAUUUUGGAAGCAUAGUCGUGAUGACACCUCAGCAAUUAGUUGAGUUCUCAUGGGGACUUGCUAACAGUAAUCGGACCUUUUUGUGGGUUAUCCGACCAGACCUUGUCUCUGGAGACUCACCUAUGCUGCCACCGGAGUUUCUAGAUGCGACGAGCGGCAGGGGGUUAUUAACAAAUUGGUGUCCUCAAGAAAAAGUUCUAAAUCACCCAUCAAUUGGAGGAUUUCUGACGCAUAGUGGAUGGAACUCUACCUUGGAGAGUAUAUCGAGUGGAGUUCCGAUGAUUUGCUGGCCUUUCUUUGCUGAACAACAGACAAAUUGUUGGUAUAGCUAAGAAUUGGAAAGCAAUCUCAGGAUGUAUUUGACCCUUUAUAGGUAUAAUCUUACAUGGUCAAAGACGAUCAUAGGCGUUAUCAUCUCAAAUUCCACCUCCAAGAAAUUAGAGUCAACCGUUGACCAGUUUCAGCUGGCAUUGAAGUUCUCGACAGAAAUUAGAAUUGACAGUGGAGAAGAAAACGAUGUCGAAUAA